GUUAGUGAAAUGUAAAUAAGCUAGUAUCAAUUUCAUGGUGGUUAGAAAAUCUACAUUUUUGGGUUAAGAUGCAAUGGUCAAAGUAUAAUUUCCAUUAAAAACUGUCUGUUGUUGAGUACGCAAACUGACUGACUGUAUAUAGCAAAUAGGUUUGAGGACAUUAUCUUGACCCCCUUGUUUCGGACAACUUUUGGCUUACAACCUCUAGGUGGAGAUUUUUCCUCCAUGGUGAGACCAACUUUCCUGCCUGUUCCCUCAUUCUGUCUCUUUCCCUGAAAUCACAGCUUCUGGCAAAUAACCCUUCAUUUCAUGCUCAAAAAAUCCGUCAGUAAUCCGUCACUGUUAGGCAAAAUCAGUGACAGAAAAUUGGCAAUAGAUUCUUGUAUCCCAUCAAUCAUCAGCUAAGAUCUCAGGCAAGGUAAUGUGAUUUUUUUUUUUUUUUGCCCAUCGAGGGUAUAUGAUCAGUCCUGGAAACCAUUUUGAGGAUCAGAUGCAGUAGGACUGCAUCAUUAUAGGUUUUUCUGUGCUACAUCUUGAGAGAAAUAAGAGAUUGGAUAUCCUAUCUGAAUGCAAAGCAAGGGUAACCAUAAAAUUGCAUUACAAUGGCAUUUCGUUUCCCCAUGAGAGCUCAGUCAGUUAGUAGUUCAGCAUUUUUUGCAGAGAGAAUAACCGAAGAACCUCAUCAUCACACAAAUAAUAAAAAUUCUCAAACCACGGUCACGUUGGUGUACCAAACCAAUAUAGUAGGCUACUGGCGUAACGUUACGGUUAUGUGGUGCAAGAAUCUUAUGAAUCAUUCUCUCAGCAUUAUGGUCAAUAGUAUUGAAGGAGAUUCUCAUUACAGUUGCAAGAUUGAUCUUAAGCCUUGGCAUUUCUGGAGCAGAAAAGGAUACAAAUCCUUUGAGGUUGAAGGAAACCAAGUGGAUGUCUACUGGGAUCUUCGUUCGGCUAAAUUUACCAGUGGCCCAGAACCAGUAGCAGGUUAUUAUGUCGCCCUUGUUGCCGAUGAAGAGGUGGUGUUGUUGUUGGGAGAUUACAAGAAAAAAGCAUACAAGAGGACGAAAUCGAGACCAACCUUGGUUGAACCUCUACUGUUUUACAAGAAGGAGAACGUGUUUGCCAAGAAGAGUUUUGCAACCCGAGCUAGAUUCGAUGAAAGAAGAAAAGAACAUGACAUUCUUGUUGAGAGUUCAGUAACUGGGUUAAAAGACCCUGAAAUGUGGAUUAGCAUGGAUGGGGUUGUGUUGGUUCACGUUAGGAAUUUGCAGUGGAAAUUCAGGGGUAACCAGACUGUUUUAGUAGAUAGGCAGCCAGUGCAAGUGCUGUGGGACGUGCAUGACUGGUUGUUUAGUAGCCCUGGAACAGGCCAUGGCUUGUUUAUAUUCAAGCCAAUUGCGGCUGAAGCAGACAGUGAUAAAGAAGGCAGUAGCCACGGAGGAGACAGUGAUACCAGCACCGGCAGCAGGUAUUAUUCUACAAAAAGCCCCACCAGGACAUCCGAAUUCAGCCUGUUUCUUUAUGCAUGGAAGAUUGAGUGA